CUUACAAGCUCGUUAUCUUUUUGCUUACUAGUCCCGCAUUGUGAUUCACAAAGAUGGAUGUGCUAGGCAGGCACAACUCACGUAUCGUAUCGUAUCAUUAUUAUUAUUUCACGUCCCAUGUAAACACGCCUGGGUAGCAUUUUCUCUUUAGAAAAUAUCAUCAGCAACUAUCACCAGAGACUGGGGACGCUACUCACCAUACUCUCCGAAUAAACAAGGCUGUUGCCAUCCUCAAAAUCUAGUUCAAGCCUUCUGUUGACGCUCAGCCAUGAUCCGUUUACCUCCAACAAGGAUAGAACUGACGGACAGCGAUAUCGACUUCCAUCUCCAGGGGAUUAUGCUGCGCCGUGGCCUCGUUGCUGAUUUUGGGAAUCUUGAUAUAGGAUCCGAUGAUGAGGACGAAGACGACGAUGAUUAUACGCAGUUUCCAAGGAUGUACCACAAAUCAGACAUAUCGUCAAGUGCCGCUGCAUCCACCUCUGAUAUCCUCCCUGAUAGUGAGUCUAGUGGAGGGUCACAAUCGAGCCAGGGAUAUCAAGCUACCUCGUAUGGUAGGAGUGUGAUCCCGCAAACCCCUUCUGCCGGUAUAUCCCAACUUGAUGGAGUAUCAGUUCUGGACUACACCGCCCUCCAUGUUGAAAAUGCAUUCCAAGGCUUUCCAGCUGGUCUUUUUGAUGAUUAUGGCCGGCAGUUCCCUGGAAAUAACAAAGCUCUCACCGCUUUGCUCGCUUACUGCUUGUAUCUCCAGCGCACUUAUGGGUCUCCAAAACACAACAAUGACAGAAUUGGACAGAAGAGUCACUUCUCAGGGGCUCUCCAACAGAUUCUGUCCAUUCAUCCUAGUCUAUCCCAGUGCUUUGCUUCUGUUCCUAACCUGCUGCCCUACACUCGUCUUAUAGCCUCCAGUGUUGGAUCAAGCUCUUACUUGACAGCUAUGGCUCGUGACAAACGGCCUCCCAGGGUGCCAGGGGCACAAAGACCAGCACGUCAGACACGCCCUCCUCGCACUAUAGCACCUGGAACCAGAAAGAUCGUGUCUGCUGGUGAGCCAGGUCAAGUUUCUAGGCCACCAACUAGCGCUCCGCAUACUGAUGCGUCCGUCAUGAAGAUUGCUACUCCUGCAAGGGUCAAUAAAAGAGGACAGGAGGCAGUCACUAAAGCCAGUGUGACCAGUGCACUUCCUGCUCCAGCUCACCAAGACUUGGCUCUCAGACAGGGGCUAGAGGAUCCAUUUUAUGUUGCCGUCCCAGGUAAGGAAGUGGGAGGUCACAGAACCAGCAUCGGCGAAUCUACUGCAAUUGACGCGGGCAAUAUCUCUUCAAGCUCUCCCCAUUCUGAGCUUGGAUUAACUGCCGGGGGUCAUCAUACGACCCUACCCCCUAUCUUACCUGGAUCUCUAUAUGCGUUCCCGUAUUUCCAAACGGCAUACGACAGGACUAUCUUGGGAACGAAUACAGAACUGGGAAAUAAAGAUGCCCCGUCAGCCAAAGCCGGUUCCUACCAGCCCUCUUUCGGCCCUUUUUGCAGGACGGAUGAGGGACCGACUAGGCAUGCUGUAACGACCAGCGCUCGCACCGAGAAGCACUGGCCGAUCGAUACUGAAAAUUAUGCAGCUUUUGAUCAGUCUUCUCCCCCAUCCAAGAAGGGCGGUAUGGGCAAGCGCGGCCAAAGCGUCAUCGACGCCAUCAACCUCGACGACGACUCGGACAUCAGCAUGUCGAACAUCAAGACUCCCUUUCAGGUUGAGUCCGAGAAAGCUGAGUACGGCAGUUCCUUCACGGAUAAACCGUUCACUUCUGCAGCAUCUUCCAAGAAAGACAGUGUCCUAUCCAUUCGUCAUCUCUUGGAUCCCGAAAAUGGCACAGAAAGUGCGGAACAGGCUCUGGCUUCUAAUGCGCCCAACCAUCCCAAACAGGAUAAUGACGUGAUGGGUAAAAGCAAGACACCGAAUCACCCCAUUUAUGGCCCAUCACAGGUACACAUAAGUGAGAAUGAAGACGAUGACCGGAAGGCCGCAGCUGAGGUUAGUUAAAGUAUCAUGUCUGCGUUUCUGAGAUCCUUGUUCUGACUUUAACGGAUACAGGCACUUGCUCAGCUUUCUACGGGUAA